AUGAACACGAAUAGAACGUUGAUACCGACAGACCCUCUGCCUCACUACAAGCAUGUCAACUGGGAACAACCCGACGUGAACUUCCGGAUGUACAUCGGAUACAUCUCCCUCUUCUUUGACGUUGGUGUCCUUGCCUACCACUUUUCUACACCCUUCCAUCCCAAGUUCUAUGUCAAGACCGCUCGUCGGAGAGCCCUUCGGCUUCACAUCUUGAGUGGCUGUCUCGAGAUCAUUGCCUGUGUGUGCGCAUAUUAUGCAAACGAUCCUACAAAUUACGCCUACGCGGCUGCAGCAUUCGGAGCCAUCGCUCACGUCCCCACAACUUUCUACCAGAUCCCCACUGUCCUCGGCAUCAAAGCCUUCCUGGUCCCCUCCCUCAGUCUGGUCACAGCCCUGCACGGAUAUUUCGCCAUCAACCUGGUUUUCAACCCCACUUCCUUCUACUACCUCCUCUCGACCUAUCUCACCGUUCACAUCUACGCCUGGUCCCGUGUCUUCUUUGCGCUCUAUUACCGGUUCAAGUUGUUUGAAAGUCAUCGCUUUUCGGCAGCCAUGUUGACAAGCGGCACACUCUUGGUUCCCUCAGUCCUCGGUCUUCAGGGCAACAUCAUCCUGGUGGUAUUUGUGCUGACAUGCGACGGUCUCAUCCGAUCCUACACGACCCCAGAAUUCUGGACUGCCUGGACAACUGAAAACCCUCGAGAACUGGCUACCGACCCCGAGAAGAAGGUCGUCCUUGAGGCCCUUAUCACUGCUGCCGAGAUUUCCAACACUGUCGAGUCCCUCUCUGCUCAGGACCCCAAGGACCACUACUCUCGUAUCUGUGCUACCGUCAUUACCGCCAACGCCCGCAACACCACCCCGCGCGAGAAGGCCCACGCCGUCUUCCGAGCCAUUGACGUCGACAGGGAUAACGAACUCAGUGUUACAGAGUUUAAGGAUUUCCUGAUCGCCUGCGGGAUCUCGCCUAAUGAUGGUGAGGGCCAGGUAUUGUUGGACGGUCUGUUCCAGGGUGGGAAGAUCACGACGGCUGAUGAAUUCUGCGCGUGGUUUACAAAGAGUUGGAUUCAUUCGUCGUCGCUUACUGUGCCAAAGUUGCCGAGUACCCCCAGAGGGCAGGCGAAACUGGUGUUUGAUGCGUUGGAUGCUGAUGGAUCUGGAAAGUUGGAUCUGGCAGAAUUGGAGACUUUGUUGUAUUCUUGGGGAUUGCCUCGCAAUGAGGCUGUUGGAUACUUGAAGUCGCACGAUAAGGAUCAAUCAGGCGCGAUCGAUUUCCAAGAGUUCCACAAGUCAAUGGACACAGUAUGGAAGUUUGCGAUUCAAUCCUUCAUCGAUGAGGGUAAGAUCCGCAUCGAUGCGUAG